AUGGCAAAUACAAUCUCCCUAUCCUUGUUUGUAAUAGCAAUAGCAAUAUUCUUCUUCUCGAACCUAUUCCCACACACAAACGCUUGGGAUCCGUUAGCAAACCGAUUCCACUACGACAAUGCAUCCCUCGAAAAAGCUUCGAAAGACUAUGGAAACAUAGUUCAUCUCAUACCAAAUUCCGUUUUUGGCCCUAAGUGUGUGAGGGACAUUCAGAGUCUGAUUUGCCGAAAAUAUAACAACUAUGCUCAUGAAACAAACAAGACCUUCGCCAUAAGAGCUUGCGGCCAUUCCACGUGGGGACAAUCCCAAGUCCUUCAUGGCAUAUCCAUAAAUGUCACCUCUCUCAACACAACGCACGAGACGAGGAUCAAGAUUUUUAAGGAUCCCAUAUAUGGCUUCACUGCGCAUGUUGGGGCCGAGCAGCAGUGGCUAGACGUGCUGUGGACCACGCUUAAGUACAAUCUCACGCCCGUCGCGUGGACGGAUUACCUCAAAGAAAGCGUGGGAGGGACACUUUCUAAUGCGGGCAUAAGCGGACAAGCAUCCAAAUACGGGCCCCAGAUCUCGAAUGUUUACUCUCUUUCUGUCGUCACUGGUAAAGGGGAGUACAAAGAUUGCUCACCAUAUCAGAACUCGGACCUUUUCUACGGACUUCUAGGCGGCCUUGGACAAUUUGGAGUCAUUACAUCUGCACAAAUUCGACUAAUAAAAGCACCAACAAGGGCAAUCGCGACGAGAUUUCUUUAUAGUAACUUCUCUCAGUUUACACAUGAUCAAGAAUAUCUUAUUUCAACCAAUCUUCCAAACUACACAGAAGGUUUCAUUAUCGUAAAUAACAUUAUACCCAGCGGCUGGAUAACUUCCAAUUCUUCAGUCAAUGUGUCCGACGUUGAUGGCUUGUUGAAAAAAUAUAAUGUCUUAUAUGCAAUUGAACUUGCAAUUUAUUACGACGAUCAGACUGUCCACACCGUCAAUAGGCUAUUCCAGAUGUUGAUUGGCAAGUUGAAGUUCAUCCCUAAGUUCAUAUUUUCAGAGGAUGUGUCCUAUUUUGAUUUCCUUUACAGAGUUGGAGACUUGGAACCUGUGGACAAAGGAUCAUCGCUAGCUCAUCCAUGGCUCGUUAUACUUACAGGAGCAUCCCAAAAGGAGAAGUUAAAUAAAUAUGUCUUGGCCGGCCUGCUUCCGACCAUUAGCCAAGCACCUACCAUCCCUAUUUACUACCCACUUAAUGCAACAAAAUGGAGCGAUAAAACCUCUGCAGUCUUACCCAAUGAGGAGAUAUUCUAUGCUUUAAGCCUACUUCAUAGGAGUGAGCCUGCUAAUUACAAGGUCUUUGAUGAUUUCAACCAAAAGGUGGUUCAGACUCACCACGGCUCAUCUGGUCCAUGGACGGCUCACGUGGGGUCCGCUGAUGGGCUGGUGGCCGAGGCUGCACGGAUUAAUGUGCUGGUGGUUGAGAAAUCUCGCGCGUUGGAUGAUGAUGGCUGUGAUAUCUCACGCGUUGAGCACUGGUCGCGUUGUCAGGUCACGCUGCUGCGUAGUCUCGCGCGGUCGCACUACUUACGGGCGCUGGAGUACUGA